AUGGUCAUGAUGGUGGUUGUCAUGAUGGUGGUUGUCAUGAUGGUGGUCGUGGUCAUGAUGGUUGUGGUGCUGGUGGCGGUGGUGGUGGUGCUGGUGGAAAUGCUGAUUGUUGUGUUGCUGGUGGCGAUGGUGAUGGUGGAUGUGCUGAUAUUGCUGGGGCUGGUGGAGGUGGUGCUUGUGGUCAUUGUGCCAGUGGUGGUCAUGAUGGUGUUGGAUGAUGCUGCUGGAUGGUCUGAUGGUGGUGAUGAUGGUGGUAGUGGUGCAGGGGCUACAAUUGCAGUCUUGUUCACACGGGAUGCUGUGGACAACAAUAUCAACAAAGAUAUUGGUGCUGGUAGUGGUCAUGAUGGUUGUGGCGGUGGUGGUGGUGCUGGUGGAAAUGCUGAUUGUUGUGUUGCUGGUGGCGAUGGUGAUGGUGGAUGUGCUGAUAUUGUUGGGGCUGGUGGAGGUGGUGCUGGUGGUCAUUGUGCCAGUGGUGGUCAUGAUGGUGUUGGUGGUGCUGCUGGAUGGUCUGAUGGUGGUGAUGCUGGUGGUGGUGGUGCAGUGGCUACAAUUGCAGUCUUGUUCACACAGGAUGCUGUGGACAACAAUAUCAACAAAGAUUUGUAUUAUUUUGGUCAUGAAGUGUUCAACCAUCCAACAGGAAGAGAUGAUGAUGAUGAUGCUGGUGAUAAUGAUGGUGGUGCUGGCGAUGAUUAUGAUUAUGGAGGAGGAGGUGGCGGCAGUGCUGUUGAUGAUGAUAAUGGUGGUGGUUGA